UGUGGGGGGGCAACCCCGGAAACGGAAGUGAGCAGUGGGGCCGGCUGACGGUAACGGGGCUGAGAGGCUGUUCACUGAGCAAGUUGAAGAUGAAUGCCAGAGGACUUGGAUCUCAGCUAAAGGACAGUAUUCCAGUUACUGAACUUUCAGCAAGUGGACCUUUUGAAAGUCAUGAUCUUCUUCGAAAAGGCCUUCCUUGUGUGAAAAAUGAACUUUUGCCUAGUCAUCCUCUUGAAUUAUCAGAAAAAAAUUUCCAGCUCAACCAAGAUAAAAUGAAUUUUUCCACACUGAGAAACAUCCAGGGUCUGUUUGCUCCACUCAAAUUACAAAUGGAAUUCAAGGCAGUGCAGCAGGCUCAGCGUCUUCCAUUUCUUCCAAGCUCAAACCUUUCACUGGAUAUUUUGAGGGGUAAUGAUGAGACUAUUGGAUUUGAAGAUAUUCUUAAUGACCCAUCACAAAGUGAACUAAUGGGAGAGCCACACUUGAUGGUGGAAUAUAAACUGGGUUUACUGUAAUCUCUUGUGCUGUUCAUGAAAAUAGAGGGACUGCAUCUUGUUUAUAGUCCUUUUUUUACUAUAAUUUGAUGUACACAACAUUAAAAGUACUGACAUCUGAG